AGAAGCAGCAGAACCAUGAGCACCGUGUUUAUCAACUCGCGCAAUAGCCCCAAUGUGUUGGAGGAGGCUGAGUUCUACAACGUGACAAAGCUGAUAGCUCUGCUCAAGGAGUGCAUCCUGCACAGGGUUCAGCAUGCAGACAAGAAGCGCGUAUAUAUGUAUGUUCUGCAGUGCCGCGAACAGGAACUGACGCAGAUGAUCUUAACUUUGUCGGAUGGCUGGCGGUUCGAGCAGCUGAUCAGCAUGCAGUACACCAACUACGGGCCGUUUGAAAACAAUGAGUUCCUGUGCGUGGUCUCCAAGGAGUGCGGCACGACGGCCGGGCGAGAGCUAGAGCUUAACGACCGGGCCAAGGUCUUGCAGCAGAAGGGAUCGCGAAUUCUUGGAAUUUAAACGCGCUAUAUAUUCACAUACAAUCCUAGAAACUGAAACCAAACUCCCCGUCAUCAACAAAAAACAACAACUCAUUCCCGACCAGAUCCAACACAAUCAGCAUCACACAUCACACCGACCCAAAACACCAAUUGGAUGCAUUCUGCAGUCAAGGAAAGCCUCAACAGUCACCCACCAGCACCACCACCACUACCACACACCAUACAGGAUACAUCAGAUCCACAGCCACAGAUCACCCACCAAGAUCAGCCUGAUCAACUCACCCAAGCAGAGCCGGCAGGGAGACUACGCUUCAUUUGCAUUCGAGACAAAGUUAACAGGUACCACUGCGAUUCUCGCCCUAUUGGCCGUUUUGCGCUUGGCUCACUGCAGUACUGCAGCAGCAGUUCUGUGGCACAGCAGCGGCUGUACGGCACUGUGCGGAGUGUGGGCGGGCGUGCAUGUGUUCAACUUGUAGUAAACCAGAUAGACCCGACUAUACGAGAUGCGAGAUACGAAAAACUAGCCCCUGCUUUGUUGCGCCUUAUAGACAAGGCUUCUCAGCUUUGAGCUUCAGCUGCACGCGCAAACCAGCCAGUCAAUGGGUCAGCUAUCCAGCAGAGGAUCCUUGAUCCUUCCGACCUGAUGAUGAUCGAUAUAAGAUACGAGCGUGUGUGUGUUCCGUUUUGUGUAGGCCCGGUUUUACUACCUUGAGCUUUAUUUUAGAAAUACAAAAAAAACAAGAAACAAGCAAAGCAAAGAUAUUAACUUUAGGAAAUCAAUUGAAUCACGACUGAAUUUGUGUGAGCCUGCACUCAAAGGAAAUACAUACAAACAUGGAAAUUGAUAGUGAGGAGACACAUGUGAAAUGAAAAAUGUUUAA